AUGCUUCCCCUGUGGAAGGCGGGCACCUCCUUCCCUCCCUGCAUGAGCGCAGAACGGGUCAGCAUGUGCUCGGGCCGCGGCCUGCGGCCUCGGGGGCCCAGGGAGAGCUGUGACGGCGACCUUGUAAAUAACAUGUAUGGGCCGGACCCUGACCUGCUGGCCGGCGAGAGCGCGGAGGACGAGACGGAGGACAGCGUCAUGUCCCCCAUCCCCAUGGGGCCGCCGUCCCCCUUCCCCACCAGCGAGGACUUCACCCCCAAGGAAGGCUCGCCGUACGAGGCCCCCGUCUACAUCCCCGAGGACAUCCCCAUCCCACCGGACUUCGAGCUCCGUGAGUCCUCCAUCCCGGGGGCCGGCCUGGGGGUCUGGGCCAAGAAGAAGAUGGAAGUCGGGGAGCGGUUCGGCCCUUACGUGGUGGCGCCCCGGGCCCCGCUGAAGGAGGCAGACUUCGGAUGGGAGCAAAUGCUGACGGACGGGGAGGUGUCGUCGCAGGAGGGCUGCAUCCAGAAGAUCUCUGAAGACCUGGGCAGCGGGAAGUUCUGCGUGGACGAAGGAAUUGUCUGCCUGUCCCUGGAGCUGCAGGUGAUGCCGAACCUGAACUGGACGGCUGCCCCCAUGCCCCUGCUCAGCUCUGAAAACGCGGCCUGGCGCCGGAGGAGGGCUCCCACGAUUUAUUAUAAAGUCAUUAAGGACAUUGAGCCGGGAGAAGAGCUGCUGGUACACGUGAAAGAAGGCGUCUACUCCCUGGGGACGGUGCCCCCUGGUCUGGAUGAGGAGCCCACGUUCCGCUGCGACGCAUGUGACGAGCUCUUCCAGUCCAAGCUGGACCUGCGGCGCCACAAGAAGUACGCGUGCGGCUCGCUGGGAGCCGCACUCUACGAGGGCCUGGCCGAGGAGCUCAAGCCGGAGGGCCUGGGCAGCGGGGGCGGCGAUGGGCAGGCCCACGAGUGCAAGGACUGCGAGCGGAUGUUCCCCAACAAGUACAGCCUGGAGCAGCACAUGGUCGUCCACACAGAGGAGCGAGAGUACAAGUGUGACCAGUGCCCCAAGGCCUUCAACUGGAAGUCCAACCUCAUCCGCCACCAGAUGUCCCACGACAGCGGCAAACGCUUCGAAUGUGAAAACUGUGUGAAGGUGUUCACGGACCCCAGCAACCUGCAGCGGCACAUCCGCUCCCAGCACGUGGGCGCCCGGGCCCACGCCUGCCCGGACUGCGGGAAGACGUUCGCCACGUCCUCGGGCCUGAAGCAGCACAAGCACAUCCACAGCACCGUCAAACCUUUCAUAUGUGAGGUCUGCCACAAAUCCUACACGCAGUUCUCCAACCUGUGCCGGCACAAGCGGAUGCACGCGGACUGCCGCACGCAGAUCAAGUGCAAGGACUGCGGGCAGAUGUUCAGCACUACCUCCUCCCUCAACAAGCACCGGCGCUUCUGCGAGGGCAAGAACCAUUACACGCCGGGCGGCCUCUUCGCUGCAGGCCUGCCCCUGACCCCCAGCCCCGUGAUGGACAAGGCCAAGCACCCCCCCGGCCUCAACCACACCGGCCUGGGCUUCCACGAGUACUUCCCCUCCCGGCCGCACCCCGGGGGCCUGCCCUUCUCCGCGGCGCCCCCCGCCUUCCCCACGCUCACGCCGGGCUUCCCCGGCAUCUUCCCUCCGUCCCUGUACCCCCGGCCGCCUCUGCUACCUCCCACACCACUGCUCAAGAGCCCCCUGAACCACACGCAGGACGCCAAGCUCCCCAGCCCCCUGGGCAACCCGGCCCUGCCGCUUGUCUCCGCUGUCGGCAACAGCAGCCAGGGCACCACGGCGGCCGCGGGCCCCGAGGAGAAGCCGGAGAGCCGCCUGGAGGACGCGUACGCCCCCACGAAGCUCAAGCCGCGGGGCAGCGACCUGUCGGACGGCAGCGACUUCGAGGACAUCAACACCACGACCGGGACCGACCUGGACACAACCACGGGCUCCGACCUGGACAGCGACGUGGACAACGGCGUGGGCGAGGUGCCCGUCUUCUACUCCCAGCACUUCUUCCCGCCGCCCGAGGAGCAGCUGCUGACGGCGUCAGGCGCCGCGGGCGACUCCAUCAAGGCCAUUGCGUCCAUCGCAGAGAAGUACUUCGGGCCGGGCUUCCUGGGCGUGCAGGACAAGAAGCUGGGCGCUCUGCCCUACCCCUCAGUGUUCCCCUUCCAGUUCCUGCCCAGCUUCCCCCACUCCCUCUGCCCCUUCACCGACCGCGCCCUCGCCCACAACCUGCUGGUCAAGGCCGAGCCAAAGUCUCCCCGGGAUGCCCUCAAGGCGGGCGGCCCCAGCGCCGAGUCCCCCUUCGACCUCACCACCAGACCGAAAGAGGCCAAGCCCGUCCCACCGGCGCCCAGGGUGCCCCCGGCCCUGGCGUCUGGCGAGGAGCAGCCCCUGGACCUGAGCAUCGGCAGCCGCGCACGGGCCAGCCAGAACGGAGGGGGCCGCGAGCCCCGCAAGAACCACGUCUAUGGGGAGCGCAGGCUGGGGGCCGGCGAGGGGCUGCCCAAGGCCUGCCCAGCGCAGCUGCCCCAGCAGCCCGCCCUGCACUACGCCAAGCCGUCGCCCUUUUUCAUGGACCCCAUCUACAGGGUGGAGAAGCGGAAGGUGACCGACCCGGUGGGCGCCCUUAAGGACAAGUACCUGCGGCCGUCCCCACUGCUCCUCCACCCCCAGAUGUCUGCCAUCGAGACCAUGACGGAGAAGCUGGAGAGCUUCGCAGCCAUGAAGGCGGACUCCGGCAGCUCCCUGCAGCCCCUCUCCCACCACCCCUUCAACUUCCGGUCCCCACCCCCGACGCUCUCGGACCCCAUCCUCAGGAAGGGCAAGGAGCGGUACACGUGCAGGUACUGUGGCAAGAUCUUCCCCCGCUCAGCGAACCUCACAAGGCACCUGAGGACGCACACGGGGGAGCAGCCGUACAGGUGGGAGCCGGCUCCGGGCCAAUCCUCCGCCUCCGCGGGAAGGGCGGCGGGUGGGAGACAGCGAGCUCGGGCCGUGUCCUGGGUCCCUCCCUCCUGGCCCCAGAGCCAUUCUGUGCCCUGGGAUUCUGCAAAGAUGAGGCUGACCCAGGGGACCCUCCCACCUGCCGCGGGGGCAUUGACCAGAGCAGGGGGUUCAGGGCAAGGGGAGCGGAAGCCAGGCCAGGGGGUGAUCAGCAUCACCCGCACCCAGCCCAACCACACACCCCAAACACGCACCCUCCUCGCCCGGCUGACCACCCCACCCCCGUGUGCCCCGGAGGGAGGGGCUCCGCGGGGCACACCUCCUCUGAUGCUCCCGCACCCCGCAGUGAGCCAGCACUCCGGGGUCCUCACGAACCACCUGGGGACCGGCGCCUCCUCCCCCACCUCCGAGUCGGACAACCACGCACUUUUAGACGAGAAGGAAGACUCGUAUUUCUCUGAAAUCAGAAACUUCAUCGCCAACAGCGAGAUGAACCAAGCAUCAUCACGAACAGACAAACGGCCGGAGGUCCAGGACCUGGACGGCGCCUCCCAGUGCCCCGGCCUGGCCCGCGGGAAGCGGGGGGACGUGGAAGAGGAGGAGGAGGAGGACCUGGAGGAGGACGACGAGGAGAGCCUGGCCGGGAAGUCUCAGGACGACACCGUGUCCCCCACGCCUGAGCCCCAGGGCGCCUACGAGGACGAGGAGGACGAGGAGCCGCCCGCCCCCCUGGCCGUGGGCUUCGAUCACACCCGAAGGUGUGCUGAGGAGCCACCAGGCGGCCUGUUAGCUUUGGAGCCGAUGCCGACUUUUGGGAAGGGGCUGGAUCUCCGCAGAGCAGCUGAGGAAGCAUUUGAAGUUAAAGAUGUGCUUAAUUCCACUCUAGAUUCUGAGGCUUUAAAACAGACCCUGUACAGGCAGGCUAAGAACCAGGCGUACGCAAUGAUGCUGUCGCUCUCGGAGGACACGUCUCUCCACGCCUCCUCCCAGAGCCCUCUGGACGCUUGGCUGAACAUCACAGGAGCCACGCCAGAGUCUGGAGCCUUUAACCCCAUCAACCACCUCUGACCGACCCAGAAGGGGCUGGGGUCAGAGUCCAGGCGAGGCCACCACGGGCCCCCAACAUCCCAACAGGAAUCCCAGCUGUGGAAGAUGGAGGCGAGGGCCUGGGAGCCGGUGCGGCCCGGGGCCGAGUGGCCACUCCUCAGCACCUGUCCCCCCACCACAGUUCAGCUCGAAUUUCUCCAGUGAAAACCCAGAACCUGGACAUCCUUGGAAGGCUUCAGCUUCUCCAGGAACUGGCGCUGAGGACAGCGGCGUCCAAGGUGGCACAGCACAGGCCCAUCGGGGCUCAGCGCAGGGGAGCUGCUCGUGGAGUCCACCCAGGGGCGAGGGCGGGAUCCGAGUCCCGAACUGAAGCCAGCGGCCACCCGGGCGCCUGCGUGGAGUCCCGGGAGGGAAGGGGCAGCUGGGUGUGCUCUGCAGAGGGAGUCGCCAGGCGGUUUUUAUAGUGAAAUGACCAGAAAGACCCUUUUGGUAAUCUUAUUGACGACAGAGUUUAUUUAAGCAUGUGGUUUUAAAAAUAGACAGUAUUUUUAAAAGAAAAAAAUCACAAAGUGACUUGGAAAUUGUUUUUUAAAAGUAAUUUUGCCUUGCUUUGAAAUCUCAGCUUAUUUGCAGACCCAGACCUGCCCGGGAAGCAGCACAGUGUUGGGAGGUGUUCUUUGUAGGUGAUGGAGACAUUUUCUAUCCCCGACCCUGUUUGUAAAGCCAAGGAGAGCGGGGCGCCCCCAGGCAGCACCGAGGGGGCGGGCCCACUCCUGGGAGCGGGUUCAGACUGUGCCCGGAAAUCUUGGGUAGGGUGUGCUGGGCCGGUCCGAGGCUGGGGCUCGGAGAUGUGCCUGUCAGUGUGUGACACGUGGUUCGUGCCCGCGGCCCCCACCAAGACCCCCCAAUUGUCUGGGGAAGGUCAGAGUGGGGGCUCGGUGCCCAGGGCAGAGGGGUCGGUACCGCGGAGCCUGCCACCACUUUCGGAUCUGCACCCCUGCCCUCCCCCACCCCCACCAGACAGACGGCGGAAGGAAGUGGGUGUGGGGGGGGCCGCUGCGGGGCGCACGCCGUGGCUCCCCUGCUCCAGGCAGCCGAUCUCUGCGUGCACCUGAGACCCUGGCUCCGGGACACGACUGCCGCCUCGCUUCUUGUGUGGGUUCCUGGCGGGCGGGACCCGGCUCCAGAACGAAGGGCAUCCAGACACGACCCGCCACAGAGAGCAAGGACAGCGCAGCACCGUGGGGACGGCGCCUCCCCGGGGACCGGCUGCUUCUCCACUCGGAUGGGCUUUAAAUUAUUCCCCUAGGGGCCAGCUUCGAAGAGUAGUGUUUUUUCCCUGAUGGAAUUUACCUUAAUCUGUAUAUAACUUGUAAUUUUUUCUAAUUCAUUUCUUUUCUUAUUUUAUUUUUUCCUUAACAGUAUUUUGGCAUUAGACAUUCUUAUUGUGAAGAAAUGUUAAUAUAAGGAUCUAGCGAAGGACCAAACCCCUGUAAUAAGGUUGUGUGCUGUGUGAUCCGUAACCAGGGGGCGGGGCAACUUUAAUGUGCCAAAUACCCCGCGUGCCCCCGCAGCGAAACCUGCCGCCCCUGCCGCCCGUUUUCCAGACAAUCACGUGUUUUUGUUAAAUUUGAGUUUCAGUUGCAUUUGCAUUGAAGACAAGUGUUCUAUUUAUUUCUUUUAACGUUUGCAAGAAACAGAAGGGCGUCCCAAGAAUAGAAAAAGAUUUGCCCAAGUUGCCCUUGAAAAAAGCGUGAAAACUCAAACGGCUGUGGUGCAGCCGCGCGUCCGGUCGCUCCGCAGGGCCAAGACAAUCGUCCACCUGGGCCCGGGGAGGUCAGGCUCCUUGCGGAGACCUGCGGUGGGAGGUCCCGGAGGGCAGCAGGCACAGACCUGCGGAGCCCGGGGGGAGAGCUUCGGCCUUCCCCAGAUCCAGUCAAGGGAACAGACUGAGAGCCCCGUGCGCCUGGGCGCAGGCUGGAAAGUCGCCCCCGGGGUGGCGGGAGAAGCUGCUUGCGGAGAAGCUGGCCGCGGGGCCGCCCCCGUGAGGAUUCGCAAACACAGCUGCUCACACCUCCCCAGAAGCGUCCUCGGCCCUCCCCGCCCCGGCCGGACCCGCCUGGUGUGUGCGAAUCCCUAGUUCCCCCUUGAUGGGGCUGGGACCCCUUUGAAAAGCCCACCUCGGACACCGAACCCCCAUUCUGUACCCCCAAAUUAUAUGCUUCUUCUGCUCAAGAGUAAGGCGUGUGCUUCUUUUGCGACAUGACUCUGUCCAAAACGGAACGUUCGGGCCAGCGGAGGCCCGAGUGUCUGCUCCCUGCAGUCGGCGCUUCCGUCCACCUCGGGUUUCUCUGUUGGCCUCACGGCCGGUCCUUUCCAGCCCAUCUUCCUGAACGUGACCUCCUCUCUCUCCUUCCUUCCUUCCCCUUCCCCAAGAACCUCGGCUGCACAUUUUAAGUCCUGUGUUUGCCCCCAGGUGAUUAGCGCAGGCCCAGCGGCCCCCGGCCCAGCACCGGCAGGUUUGGGCAGGGUCUGUCCUGGGACCCCCGACAAAGAGACGUUACUUCCUUUGCCUGGUGCAUCCGCGAAGCUUUGCCUCAGAGCUUAGCGUUGCCCGACCAGCCGCCCUCCUGGUCCCUCUCUGCCCCCAGGCUCCAGCAUCAGCCGGGGGACUGGGUGGGGCUGGAGACUCCUGUGAUUCCGGCUUCAGAGGGUGGAUGCAACAGAUGGCUGUCUGGCCGCCCACUGUGUCCCUGGGUGGGGCCAGAGUCAGGACUCUAGACCAAGGCUCCCACUGGGCCAGGUUUGCCCAGGGCCGGGGCCCUUCGGUCCAGCCAUGACUGUGUCCUUCUUUGGAUUGUUGACAGUUACCCCCAAGUAGAAAUUCAAAAGGAGGCCGCCUCACCCUCCCCUCCCGCCCUGCAGCCCCCAGCCCCUGCAGGCCCUCACCCUCCCCUCCCGCCCUGCAGCCCCCAGCCCCUGCAGGCCCUCACCCUCCCCUCUCACCCUGUAGCCCCUAGCCCCCUGCAGGCCCUCACCCUCCCCUGCUGCUUUCAUGCCCGGAACAGGAACAAUCAAGUAGGGCCCGGGGCCAGCCAGCCCUUCACGACUAGGACCCAGGAGCCCCUGAUUCCUGCGUGCGGUCCCACAUCCCACCUGGGACCCUGGGUUGUGGAUCAGUGGAUGGGGUGACCCUAAGAGACUGCCCAGCCCGCGUGGCGUUCCUGCACAAGGCCAAGAACGCAGCCAGUCCGUCCAGACCCGGAUCAGCCCAGCUGCUCUGUGGCCCCAGAGCCUGGCCUGGGAACCGGAGGGCCCGUGGCCUCCUCUGUCCCCGCUGCUUCCUCAGUGAGCGUCCGCAAAGCUCCUACCUGAGUACUUAUCACUCGUGUCAGCCUCGAAGCCUCAAAGCACUGGAUUGUGGUGCCCCUCGCCCCUGCCCUUGUCCCCCUGCCCCCAUCCCCCUGCCCAAGUGACUGAAACCUACUGAGCUGUAUUCACUGUGCUGUCUUGGGGGGGUGGGGGGCGGCGAGGGGGCAGAGCCCCCGGGCAGAGCACCCUGUGCUGCUUCCCCGGGGGGAUGGACAGGGAGCCGGGCCCCUCGCUCCCCUCCCGGCUGGGGACGCGAGGACACAGCUGCUCCUGGUCGGUGGAGGUCAGCCGGGUCUCAAAGCCAUGAAACUGUCUGUAGCGACGAGCGAUACUGUGACUAAGGCGUCCUCGCGUUAUUCCAAGGAGCGCUCCUUUCCUCCUGCCAUUCCAGUGUCUUUUGUUUUGUUCUUUUCUGUCACUGAUGCAUAUUACCACUUUUGGAAAAAAAAAGAAAAGAAAU